ACUAAGAUAGAACCCUAUAUUGUACUGUAUCGCCUUGUAAAGUGUUAUACUUUAAGUUGUAAACAACGAGGAAGUAAUUUCUCGGAUAAAUUCAAAAAAAUGUGUAUCACAAAAAUUCAAAACAGUCUAUCACAAAAAUUCAAAAAAGUGUAUCACAAAAUGCAAGGCGUUACAAAAAAAAUAGAUUUUUGUCUAGUUCAAGUUUGAACCUCACAGCUGAUCUGAUUUCAGCUGAUUAAAGCUGAUCAUUGCAGAUCAUUAGUGGUCUAGUCACAGAAGAUCAUUACUGAUUUAAAGCAGAUCAUCAUUGAUAUUAACAGAUUAUUUCUGAUCAAAUGCAGAUCUUCACUGAUUUACAAUCAAUACUGACCACUGCAGAUCAUUACUGAUCACUGUAGAUUAUCACUGAUCACAGCUUAUCACUUCUUGAACGACGAACGUUACGCAGCUUAGAACAGAUAAAGCAGCUAAAAGCGGCUGGAAAGCAGCUCUAAGAAGCUUAAAGCAUCUCUAGAAAGCUAAAAUGGGCUAAUCUGAGCUGAGUAUUGUUGAUCCUGGCUUAUCCAGGGGUUCAACUGUAGACAUGAAAUUAUAAAACCAGGUUUAGAUAUGUAAUAAUUCCCAGUUAAUCAACCCUUAACGCUUUAACUCAUAUUAUUUCAUACAAGCAGAUUUGUUUAAGCUAAACAGUUGACAAUGCAAUAUUUAGACUAGAAAUAUUAAAAAGUACUAAACUGGUCAAAUUUUUGGCCGUUGACUAAUACUUAUGACCAGUUUGUGCCAACUGAAGAUGUUGAACACAUGGACAUAUUCCGCUAAUUGUUAUUUAAUUAUUUAUAAAGUUUUACAUAUACCGGGGUCGAAAGCUCCAAACUGUGCUUAUGUUCCAAACUUGACUUACUUGACUGUCAGUGUCAGGUUUUGAUCAAAUAACAGUUUAGAACUAUCUUCCCCUGAAAUCAAAUUACAAGUUCAAACCCCUUUAUGCUAUUCAAGUACAUGGUUAUUCUUGUGUAUAAUGCCGCAGUAGAAUUCCCUGACAGUGUCUCGAUGUGUACACAUCUAUGUACCUGCUAAGUACCAUAUGUACCGACUCUGUACGUACUUAAAUAUGGAUUUAGCUUUGAUUUGUUUAUUAAUUGAUCUGGUUCACAUGGAUAAUCUUCUCAUGACAAAUUGAUCUUCAUAAUUGUAACAAAUUGAUCAAAGAAAUUAAAAAUCAAUUCCAUGCCGAUUAAUAUGGAUUGUUUUAAUCCUUGAAUUUAAUCAUUUUCUUCAAUUUAAUUGAUCUGAUCAAUUUCAGCUGUUUACCUUCAUUCCACCCGCUAAUGUUAACUCAUAUGAGCUUAGCAGAUUUAGUUCGAAUCUGGAAAAUAAUUAAUGUAUUUCUACUUUUCUACCGGCAUUAUUAUCCGCUUGUUUUUAGUUAGAAUCUGUUCAUGCUUUGAAUUAAAUUGUUGUGCAAAUUUUUUAAAAUGUCUUCUUAAAAAACCGGUUUCCUUAAAUCAUACAGGAAUCAAAAUUUUAUUUGUAUUAAGUCGAUCCUACUUUAUGUAAAUAUUUAAAAGAAUCCGUUUUUAACAUCUCAAUUACAACGCCCUGUGCACCACUUUUCAGUGCUUUGUUAUCUUAACUGUGUUAGCAGCCAUUUCCUUUUUUUCAGAAUACUCCAUUUCUGAUAUUCAUUUUUAUAAAGUUUUCUUAUAACCUCAUCAGGAUAAUUUAAUUUUUGAUUUUAAUUUUUGAACAUCAUUUUGUAAUUGUGAUGCAACUGCUUUGUUUUGUUGAUAUUGUUAUGUUGUUUUGUUACUGCAUGUAAGGGGGGGGGGGUGUAUCAAGUAUCUAUUUUGAACUUGAAAAAAUACCUUCAGUAAAAGUGGGGCGGUUGGGGUUGGGUUAAAAGCUUAAUUCUGGUUUUUGCUAAAAAAACCUCUUGAGAUAUGUAAACUGGCCUAUUUAUCAAUGUUACGUAUUUUUCGAUUAAACUAUUAUUUGCCGCUACGUUUUGCCUAUUUUCUGCUUAAAAAUUUGAAAACUUGGGAAAACUCUUAAUUUUCUUAAUUUGAUGUUAUAUAAUUUUUUUCAAUACAAUCCAUAAGCAAUGUCUUAUGUUGGUAUAAAAAAGAAUCGUCUUAAAACUUAAUCAAUGUUCAAUGUAAUUGACGACUAAAGAGAUUUUAUUCGAAAUAUGGACUUAUUUUGAAGUUUGGUAGGUUAACAUUAAAAGGGGGAGGGUCGAGUAUUGACAUAAGUUUUAAAUCUAAAAAUUAACUUCUAAAUAGGCAAGGGAUGCAUUGCAUAAUCCUAAUCUAGUAAAUUAAAUCCUAAUUAAAUUUAAUUAUUAUUGUACAUGAACUCUAAUAAAAUUACAAAAUCUACGAGAGAGCAAGAUGAAAUGUUUCCACGUUGAAUACAUAACACUUUAUGUACGUAAAUCUUCAAGUUUAGACAAGACCUGUUGCUGAUUACAAAUUGGUCCUGGGUAACAUUGGUGUUUUGAACCAGUUUUUUUAAAAGAUAAUUUUGGCAAAAUUCUAAGCAGUUAUCGUUAUGAUUAUGCAAUCAGACAACCCGCUAUAAUCCUUCUGAUUAUCAUAUCUAAAAAGUAACAUGAUGAAUUUUGCAUUUUUAAAAUGGCAAUUGAGAAGUUGCCAUUUAAAAAUACUCAUAACUCCGUCUAACAUGAAGUUAUCAAGAAGGAAAUGGAAAUAUCAUAACGCCGUCUAACAUGAAUCUAUCAAAAAGAAAAUGGAAAUAUCAUAACUCCGUCUAACAUGAAUCUAUCAAAAAGAAAAUGGAAAUAUCAUCUCCGUCUAACAUGAAUCUAUCAAAAAGAAAAUGGAAAUAUCAUAACUCCGUCUAACAUGAAGUUAUCAAGAAGGAAAUGGAAAUAUCAUAACGCCGUCUAACAAGAAUCUAUCAAGAAGAAAAUGGAAUUAGUUAAACUAUCGAAAUGGGUAAGAAUUGAACACCUUUGUGUGUUCAUUACUUUUAAGCAUACACUUUUUUAGCCGACUCUUGAAUAGCUUACACUGGAGGGCCCGGCGUUGCCCGUGGAAAAAAAUUGAACAUUUUUGAAAAAUUAAAAAUCUAAAGCCUAUAGCACCCCCUGCCAUCCAUGAGUGUCCACAAAAAAAUUCAGCCCAAUCGGUCCAGCUGUUUUGCCGGCUAUACGCAACAAAUAUAUAUAUACGAAUGUCUUGUUUUAUUUAGAUAGAAAAAGUUGAGCAGGAUCAAAAUAGCAACGAAUCCUGUUGACUUUGACAUAAAAUUUACAGUAAAUUAAAUGAACAUGUAAUUCGAAUAUUUGUAUGUCUGUUGACUAAAGUUCAUUAAAAAUGGUUUAAUAUUUCAGAAUAUUGAAAUGGUUAGAAAGUGUUACAUGAUACAGUAGCCAGCUGUUCUUCAAUCAACGAGAAUCUGGUGCAGGUAUUCACCCCUGUCCCAGCCCGCCACUCUAGAGGGGUCUAUCGGAGCACACAACUGCCUCUCUCUCAAACACACACAGACACACGCGAUAGUAAACUAUGACAAGGUGAAUUCAAAAUGUAACUAUUUCCGCCUAUCCGCCUACAUCUAGGAUAUUUACGCCGGUGUGAAAUGUGGUGGUGUGACAAAGGAGCAUUACAAACAGAUGGUUCAGCUUGAUGAAUCAAAUAUAGAAAUACAGUGGCACUGUCCCCCUUGUGACCUGGCCAACCCGACCAACGGGAAAUCUGCAGUGCAACGGAAUAAUAUUGAGAAACAGAAAGAGUUGUCUACUCCCGUUAAAGUCACUAAAGAAACAGAUUCGGCAAUAUCAACUUCUCAUAUACCACGGCCGGGCCCAACUCCUCCUUUAGUCCAACCCACUUCCUACCACCCCGCGGCUAGAACACCCUCCAGCCCCGCCACCAGGCAUAUCGCAAGUCCCGCCGCCCGUCCGCAACCUCGGGCAAUGCCCCCAACCACCGGAAAGAUGGCAGUAACACAAAACGGCGGUUCUAAAUCGGCGGCUGGCCGAUUAUCCUUUCCCGACUGUAAGAUCAGAGACCUGCCGUUCUUCCCUUCCAAAUCCACGCUUCUCAGACCUUGCAAUCUUACUCCUAAAGAUUCUUCCAUGGAGAUUCAGCAGCAGAACCUGGCGUUCUACUUGACACAGGAGCAGGCCAAUAUGGUCAACAACGGUAGGAAGGUUGAGACGAACGGGAUGGUGGUUUAUAAGAUGCACAUUUUACUCAGGUUUACAAAGAUGUCCCCUGAUGGAGUUCAUGAUGAUGAUUUUCCUAAAAAUGUUUGUCUAAAAGUGAACAAUAAAAUCUGUCCCCUGCCGAAUCCUAAACCGGUUCCGGCCAACCGACCGAAUAUGGAGGCUAAGCGGCCGCCGAAACCAUUAAUAGUGACCUCGUUGUGUAAACUGAACACUAAGUCCUGCUUAAACCAAAUCAGUAUUACGUGGACACCUUCAGAUUCUCUUCACACUGUUUCCAUAUACUUAGUUGAGAAACUGUCCCCUAGUGAUCUGCUUGUGUUCCUGAAGGCCCGAGGGCAACGAGAUCCUGAGAUAACCAAAGCUUUGAUUAGAUCUAAACUCGAGGAUAAGGAUUCAGACGAGAUUGCAACCACGUCCUGCAAGGUUACUAUGGCGUGUCCGUUAGGAAUGGCGCGUAUGACCUAUCCUGCGCGAUCCUCUACAUGUGAUCAUCUACAGUGCUUCGACGUGGACACCUACUUACGGAUGAAUGAGAAGAAGCCGAAGUGGGUGUGUCCGGUGUGUAAUAAGCCCGCCUACUUUGAGAAUCUUUUCCUUGACGGAUUCUAUAUUCAGCUCCUUCAGUCACCAAAAUUCAGAGCUUUAUCCACCAAUGAUAUUGUUCUAAACCAGGAUGCUACUUGGGAGCCUGUGAUUAGUGAAGGCGUUGGGGUCUCUGACGAUAGCGAGGACGAAGGUGAUCCUCUAGCGAUCAAGUAUCCGUUGUCAAGACCAGGUCUUUCCUUGGACGCCGAUGUUAUACCGAUAACGCCGAUUGUAGACGCCGACGGCGCUCCAAUUAUGGCGCAGCUGGCGGAUUUACCCAUAGCGCCGUUUUCGGCAACCACUGCUGUUAACGGUGAAAUCGUCGUAGACAAUGUUUUGCCUGUAACGGAAGAGGUUAUUCUACCAGAAGACGAUUACGUGGAUUGGAAUUUUUCGGUGAAAUUUUUUCAAUUUAUACGCACGCCGCCGGUAGCCCCCUCCGCGUCAAGUCCAGCUCCAGUAGAGACAGUUGUUCAAGAGACCCCCGCGGACAUUCGGUCCGAUUCUCCUCCGCCUGUCACUGUCGAACCAAUACAAGUUAAACCCGCUGUUAAACCUCGCGGCGGAGCGAAGCCUGUCCGAGGAAGGUCUCGGGGCGGAGGGUCUCGAGUGAAACGUUUCUACGAUAGUGACGAACUAGAAUAUUCUUCUGACGAGCGGAAGAAACCAAAAUCCAAGCGGGGCGGAGGAAGGGGCUCACGCGGUGGUCGAGGCGGAGCUGCUAAACCGGCCAAGCGGGGUCGGUAUAUAGAGAGUUCGGAGGAGGAAGAGAGUGAGACUGAGGAAGAGGUUCUACAGAGAUCUGUUCCUGCUUCCACCUCCGCCCGACCUAGUAGGAACUGUAGGAGGAGCACCAACUAUGCUGAUAUAGAGCGCUCUGGUGACGUCCUGGAUUACUUUCUAAACUAAGCUUUUAAUAUUACCGUUCUAGCGUUGAUUUCAGAUCAACUUCUCGCGCUAAUUCUGCUAUAUGUUCAACUCAAACCUUCAUCCUGCUCCAUGUACACAGUUCAACACAAACCUUCAUCCUGCUCUAUGUACACAGUUCAACAAAAACCUUCAUCCUGCUUCAUGGAGACGUUUCAAUACAAACCUUGAUCCUGCUUCAUGUACACACUUAAACACAAACCUUCAUGCUGCUCAAUGUACACAGUUCAACACAAACCUUCAUCCUGCUCCAUGUACACAGUUCAACACAAACCUUCAUCCUGCUUCAUGGAGACGUUUCAAUACAAACCUUGAUCCUGCUCCAUGUACACAGUUCAACACAAACCUUAAUCCUGCUCCAUGUGCACGGUUUAACACAAACCUUGAUCCUGCUUCAUGUUAACGGUUCAAUACAAACCUUGAUCCUGCUCCAUGUGCACGGUUCAAUACAAACCCUGAUCCUGCUCCAUGUAGUUGGUUCAGCACAAACCUUAAUCUUGUUCCAGGCAGACGGUUUAACAAAAUCCUUGAUCCUGCUCCAUGCAGCAGUUCAACACAAAACCUUGAUCCUGCUCCAUGUACACAGUUCAACACAAACCUUGAUCCUGCUCCAUGUGCACGGUUUAACACAAACCUUGAUCCUGCUCCAUGUGCACGGUUUAACACAAACCUUGAUCCUGCUUCAUGUAGUUGGUUCAAUACAAACCUUGAUCUCCAAUGAAGUGCACUGAGCAAAUCUGGAGGAAAAACUUCUUCGUAGAUAAUUAACUGAUAACGAAUAGUAUAUUAACGUGAUUGCUCCAGACAAUGUUGAACUUGAGGUGUGAUCUCACUUAGAACUAAGUCCAGAUUCAAGAUUAUUCUUUUUUCUUGAAUUCACAACCUUUAUUCAUAAAUUUUUGGUUUCAUUUUCCCGGACAUUGUUAAAUCAUUAAAUGUAGAAAGUAUCAAAAGGAUUUCUUCUUAAAUCCGAAUGAGUUCUGAGUGUCCCGAUUUAAACAUAACUAUCCAUCUUUAUUCAACAAAAAAAUUGAAUGUGAUAAUCUAUUUAAGAUAAAUUGUCUCUUGAUCAAUAGCCAGAACAAUGUAGAGUUGAUGGAAGUACUCAAUAAUCGUAAAUGUGAAUUCAUGAAUAAUGAUAAAAGUCGUUUUCGGUGCGACAACCAUAUUUAUUUUCUUAUUUCUCUUCCUGAGAAAAAAGAUAUCGAUAAUUUUCAGAGAUUAAGAUUGAAGACGACUUUUUAAUCAUUAGUUUUUGAAAUCUAUGUUUUGGAAAACACCACCUAUGAAAGGAGGGCGGGCGUAGAUACUUUUUGGAAUCCUUAUUUCAUUGAGAUAAAUGAUUAAAGGCGAGUAAUUUCUUUUUGAUAAAUGUAAAUACUAAAUUUAUUCGUUGAGCCCCGUCGGUCACAAUAUAAAUAUAUCACCCGUGUUACGCUAAUUGUCAUUAUUUGUGUUAAUAAAUAUAUAUAUCAAAUACUU